AUGCCACCAGUUCUAAUGAUCAUAAAGGGGCUGCUCCGGAGAUAUAAAAGAUGGAACCCUGUGCAUCCUACUUCUGGUGCAUUUUGGGGCAUUGGAAUAGGUGUGGGUUGCGGGGUUGGAUGGGGUCCUGGCUUUGGUCCUGAGGCGAUUGGUUAUGUUGGAGCUGGCUGUGGUAUCGGAAUUAGUGUAGGGAUCACUCUGGUUGGUUUUGGCAUUGGUCUUCCUGCAAAUGGCCUGUUUGAAGCACCUUACAAUGCUUUUAUGGCUACAGGAACUGCUGUAGUGGAGUUUGCUCGAUCCAAUGGUCUACUUAGCAUGGGAAACGUUGCCGGUGAUGGUUGGAGGAACAUUGGACCACACAUUUCUGGGUUGAAAAGAAACGCAAGUGGAAAGUUCCCAAUCUUCAAGUACAAAAAUCCCUUGGACAAAGGGGUAAAUUUUUCUGAGAUGAAGAGCACCAUGUAUUCCGGUAGUAAAUCUAUUCUGGAUCAUUUAGGAAGAAUCAGUGAUCGCUUCUUUCAUCCUCACAAAGGUUUAAAGGAUUGACACCAUGGAGGAUUCUUAACCCUGUAGCCACUUAUUGUAAGUAUCGUAAGAAUUUGAUAUUUGCCUUAUUCUUCUUAAGGAAAUAGUUGUAAUAUCAAUAAUAUUCAUUGGCAUAUCUUUGUAUUUACAAGAGAAAAAAUUUCUCUCAUUUUGGUUUCCUCAUUUUGUAAUUUUGUUGAUCAUAAAUGUACUUAUUUUGUUAACUCUUAUAUUGGAUAGAGAGCAAAAUAUAGUCAAUAUUAUAUUUUCUUUCUCAUUAUUACCAGCUUCAGUAACUCUCAAGCAUGGUUUUCAUCGAGGUUGGUUGACACUUGACUUGAGGAGAUGUGAUAGUGGGGUGUUGAAAAUGGUGGUAAACGGGGGGUGAUCAAGUUUUGCCUCUAUUGUUGUAGGGAUUUGCACUUGUGAUUUUCAGUAUAUUAUGUCUCCCUUUUUCAAAUUUUUUGUGGGGCGUUCUUUUCAUCACUUAUCAAUAUACUUCACUAGUAAUUAAGGAUCAAAAUAUCGUUUCGAAACAGUCAAAACGUCCGAAACGUUUCCGUUUCCAAGGAGACCGAAAUGAAACAGUAAUGGAAUCGAAAUUCUGAUAUUUCGAGGUAUUCCAUAUUGUUGUUUAAUG